AAACUCGGAAUCCACUGCUGAUGAAGUCAGUGGCAAUCCGUCUCUUAUGGAUUCUGGUCGUGGUUCCAUUUGCCACACGUGAUGGGGUGUACUCUAUGGACGCUGUGAUUGUGGGCCAUCCAGGGAUAGCAGAACCACUGUGAAUGGCACCCGCUUGACCACUCUGGCACCGCCUGUGCUCGAGACUGAUCGGAACGGCGUGAGUAUGGAGGAAGUGCUGUCUCGGGUAUUUGAUUCUCAGCGCCAGAGAACCUGCAUUGAAUGUAACCAUUCGGUCAACUAUGAGAGACGAUUUAAUAAUAACCCCAUGCGCCUGGUAGUGGAACUCGGUCCUAAUGUGUCUAUACAGUCGCAUAUAAAGGACAUUACCCUAUCAUAUCAUGAUGAUGGUGGUGAGGGGCAGAGAGUCACAAACCGCUGGAUAGAAGGGAUAUACUCACCAGUACCAGGUUUAUUGUGCCUCUUGUGGAAUGGUGCCGAAUGUGGGGUGCGCUGGGGAACUGGGAAGUAUAUCGAGUGGACUAAUAGAUGGCUGGAUAUACAUGAGCUGCACCACACCGCGAGUAGGAUACGGAGAUGCCCGAAUCGAAUUGGAUCAUGGGGCUACUAUACCAUCGAAAGACCACUGCAGUCACAAUGGACUGCACACGGUAUGAACAACCCGCAGAAAAGAAACUGCAUCACCACUCGUUCGACAGUUUGCUUUGGUGCGAGAGGGGCCGUGCUCGAAAACGGACACUGGCGAUACAAUCUUGUCACUUAGAGCACCCAAUCCACAAUCAUGAGUGAUGCGGUGAACGAGGACGAUGCUCGUGGAUAAAGAGGAUCCUGAAGAGAACUGCCUGAUACACCACAUUUACCCACUGAACAUCACGUUCUUAAUGUUGGUAUUCUGCGAUAUUACGGGCUCACUUGCUAUCAAUUGGCCUGGCUCAAAAGGCUCAACGGAUGACUGAAGCAAUAUACAUCGAAAGCAUGACCAGCUACAGCCAAUCUGUCUGUUCGUGGUCAAUG